AUGCCCGGUUUGCUGCGGAAGUUGAUCAUCUUCGCCGCCGUCGAUGGGCUGGUUAUUCAGUCUCCGGGAAACGGAUGGAGAUAUAACGGUAAUGGCGAGUCCUCGUCUAUCAAAAUUGAUUACAAGUCCGGCAAAACGUCGUUUCCAGCGUCCGUGUCAGAUGAAAGUGACCGAGAUGCGGCCUUGGAAGCUUAUGGCUUGGUCGGGCUCCUAUCCGUCGCGUCCCAUUCGUUUCUCAUCUCCAUAACGCAGCGCCAACAGGUCGCCCAGAUACAUGGUAAACCGAUCUACGCGAUCACCGAUGUGGCGGUUAUUCCCACAUCAUCACAGAUCGAUGCCCGCCAGGCGAUUGCGCAGGCUAAAGAACACCUGAAGGAAGAGACCGGCCAGGACGAUAUCUCUUCAGAUGAUCUGUCGGACGCGGAGACUGACGGAGGUGCUACCGAUAUCAGCAGUGUGCCGGUCUCUCCGAUCCGAGAAUCGUUCCACGCCAGAGGUCAGAGCGUGAACAGCAUUGCCGAAGACGUGCUCGGAAAGAAAGUUCGGUUUGGGCGGUACGCGGCCAAUUGGUUGUCAAGGAAGACCUUGGGAUUGCCGGGGCUAGGCACCGUCGGCCAGGAUACGUCGGAGAUUCUGUUGGGUGACAUGAAGGGCGCCGGUGCAAAGCGAGACUCUCCGGAGGUCUCAUCUGGCAAUGAGGAACAAACGCCCACUCCCACUCCGGAGACGAAUGUCAUUGAUUAUGCGGCGCCCGAAGCUCCUGGCACAUCGCCGUCGGUUCCUGACCCGACGGUCGGAUUGUUACCGAAGCUUUUGCGGUACACGAAACUUCUGUUUGGAUCGCAUAAUUUCUUCUUCGCCUAUGAUCAUGACUUAACUAGGCAUGUUGGUGCCCAAGAAGCAUCACGCACUGAUCACCUACCUCUGCACAAGGCAGUGGAUGAACUGUAUUUCUGGAACAAGCAUCUCAUGACUCCAUUCAUAGCGGUCGACGCUCACAGCUUCGUGCUACCCCUUAUUCAAGGGUUUGUCGGUCAGAGAGAGUUCACUGUUGCGGCUACCCCUGAGCAUGGACCAGAACAUGGGGUAAAGCCAGACGAAGAGCGCACAGGAGGGGUUAUACUCGGCGAGAAGCUAGAGGCCAAGUUGGUUGACACAGACGCUCAGAAACGAGACUUCCUUCUUACCUUGAUAUCCCGGCGGUCGGUACAGCGCCCUGGUCUUCGAUAUCUGCGUCGCGGAGUGGACGACGACGGAAACACGGCCAACUACGUGGAGACGGAACAGAUUCUUUCGUAUCCAGAUUGGGACCCCUCUCGCUCGAUAUACUCCUAUCUCCAAGUGCGCGGAUCGAUUCCGCUGUACUUUUCGCAGUCUCCGUAUACCUUCAAACCGACUCCCGUUCUACACCACUCCGCGGAAACCAACCAGUUUGCCUUUGAACGACAUUUCCGGAAUUUGAGUCAUCGGUACGGCAAGAUCCAGGCCGUUUCCUUGAUUGACAAACAGGGCGGGGAGCACAAGCUCGGGGAACAGUACGAGAAGUAUGCAAAGGGCCUGAAUGAGUCUGGCGGAAUUGAUGGUCAACCUCACGGUGUAGAAUGGUUCGACUUCCACACCGAGUGUCGAGGAAUGAAAUUCGAAAAUGUGAGCCGACUUGUGGAUCGCUUACAGGAUACCCUGAGCGACUACGGGGACACGAUUGUUCAAAACCAAACGACGGUUCAGACCCAAAAGGGCAUCGUGCGCACCAAUUGUAUGGAUUGUCUGGACAGGACCGGCGUUGCGCAAUGUGCGUUUGGCCAGUGGGCUCUUGAACGAGAGCUAAAGCAUGAAGGCAUCGACAUUGACCUGGGCGGCGACUCCUCCACCCAAUGGUUCAAUACCCUGUGGGCAGACAACGGCGAUGCCAUCUCCAAACAAUACUCCUCGACCGCGGCGCUCAAGGGCGACUACACGCGCACUCGGAAGCGGGAUUACAGAGGGGCGCUGAAUGACCUGGGACUGACGCUGUCCCGGUACUACAACAACAUUGUCAACGACUACUUCUCCCAAGCCUGCAUUGACUAUCUCCUCGGAUAUGUUUCGACGCAAGUGUUCCAGGAAUUCGCCACAGAGAUGCAAACCGCCGACCCGGGUAUCUCGGUGCAGAAGCUGCGGCAAAACGCCAUCGACACCAGCUGCCGCAUCGUGAUUAGCGACGCCUCGGAGGAGUUCCUCGGCGGCUGGGCCAUGCUGACGCCACGAGAGCCCAACACGCUCCGCACCCUGCCUCUCGAAGAGGCCGUGCUUCUCCUCACCGACGCCGCCAUCUACAGCUGCCGCUUCGACUGGAGCACCGACAAGGUGGUCUCCUUUGAACGCAUCGACUUACGCUCCAUCACGCGAAUCAACCACGGCACAUACAUCACCUCGAUCCUAACGGACGCGCAGACCGACGAGCGCCGCAACGUCGGCCUCGUCGUCGAGUACCGCGAGGGCGACACGCACGCCUAUCGCGUCAACACGCGCUCUCUCCAGAGCAGCGUGGACUCCAAAACCCUCGACGCGCCAAAGGACACCAACAACGAGUGGGACGUGCUCUCGUGGUUCAAGGGUUCCUCGCACUCGAAGACCCGCUUUAUCGCCUUCAAAACCCUCCCGCUGUCCAACUCCGUCAUGCAGACCCACAACGGCAACCCCGGCGUGCCUGUUAGCGAAAUGGCCUUUGUGCAGACCAUCUGCGAGGAGAUCGAGCGGGCCAUCUGGGCUGAUGGGAGCCAGGGCGAGAAGCAGGAUCGCGCGUCCCUCGUCGAGUCCGAGGAUAUUGUCUCUAUGGAGGAUGCGAAGAAGCGUACGGGAUACUUGGAACAUUUGGUUUAUGAUAUUAAGAAGAUGGUUUGGGCGUAG